CGCGCGAAGGGCGAGGCGGGGGAUUCAAGCGCGUUAUAAGGCGCGGAACGGGAGCGCGGUCCCCGAGACGCCGCGCUCCGAGCCCAGAGGGAGUCGCCGCCCGCAUGGCCCCCGCCCGCCGCCCCGCCGGGGCCCGCCUGCUCCUCGUCUGUGCGGGCCUGCUGGCCGCCGCCGCGGGCUUCGUCUCCCCGGAGCCCGGAGAGCCCGCCGAGAGCCGCGCCCGCCGGGAGCCGCGGCCCGGGAACGAGCUGCCGGCGGAGAACCGCGCGGGGCCGCCCGCCCGCCCGCCGGAGCUCCCGGCCGAGGGGACACACGGCAUCGAGCCCAGGGAUGCCUGGAUGCUCUUCAUCAGGCAGAGUGAUAAAGGCGUCAAUGGCAAGAGGGGAGGCAGAGGCAAGGCCAAGAAGCUGAAGCUUGGCUUCCCAGGGCCCCCGGGGCCCCCUGGUCCCCAGGGCCCCCCUGGCCCCAUCAUCCCACCUGAAGUGCUGCUGAAGGAGUUCCAGCUGCUGCUGAAAGGCGCGGUGCGGCAGCGGGAGCGCGCGGAGCCCGAGCCCUGCACGCGCGGCCCCGCGGCGGGCGCGGCCGCCCCGCGGGAGGACGAGGAGGCGGCGGCGGGGGACGCGGGCGUGCUGGCCCUGCUGGCCGCGCCCCUGGCCCCGGGCCCGCGGGCGCCGCGCGUCGAGGCCGCCUUCCACGGCCGCCUGCGCCGGGACGCGUCGGUGGAGCGGCGCGCGCUGCACGAGCUGGGCGGCUACUACCUGCCCGACGCCGAGGGCGCCUUCCGCCGCGGCCCCGGCCUGAACCUGACCAGCGGCCAGUACACGGCGCCCGUCGCCGGCUUCUACGCGCUCGCCGCCACGCUGCACGCGGCGCUCGCCGAGCAGCCCAGGCGGGGGCCGCCGCGCCCCCGGGACCGCCUGCGCCUGCUCAUCUGCAUCCAGUCCCGGUGCCAGCGCAAUGCCUCCCUGGAGGCUGUCAUGGGCCUGGAGAGUAGCAGCGAGCUCUUCACCAUCUCCGUAAACGGUGUUCUGUACCUGCAGGUGCGUGGGACAGGCUCGGGCACGGGGGGCAGGCACCACCUGGGCAAGGCUAGGUGGGUGCUCAGGAUCCCUGGGAACAGUGCCGACUCCAGGCCUGGGAGAGAUCGGGGCCACACCGGGGAGCUCACACGGGUUCGGGCAGAGCAAAGCCUCCCCCCGGCCCCGGGCACGGCCGCCGUCCUCAGCUGCCGCCCUGCUCCUCAGUCUGCUGUGUUCAGACCUCCCCGGCAUCCCACAGAGGACUGGGGCUCCCUGUAGGGACAGGUGGCAGGAGGGAAUGGAGGUCAGCUCUGUGCCCUCAGGCUGACACUGUAACAACCCUGGGCCUGUUGCAACCGUGGGAAGCAGAUGUGACUUUACACAGGAUCCUACGUGACAGUCUCUUCUGGCACUGUGGGGCCCUUGGCAAGUGACAAAUUGAUACGUGGGAUUUAGUAAAAGAGAAAGAGUUGAAGUGCAGACAUGUGGAGUGACAGCUGACCCCUAAAUAGCAGCAUGCCAGGCCCCCCCCCCCCGCCCAGCUCUUUACGUAAAGUACCUGCUUUG